CCCACAGCCCAUCCAUGAGAGAGUGUGUGUGAUACAAUCGUACUGAUCGAGUUCAGUUAUUUAUAUUACAACCUUCCAUCUCCACUUUCACAGGCAUAGGCAUAGCAUUCCUUCCUUUUUUAAAAAAAAAAAUAACAAAACAACAAAAAAGAAAAAGAGUGACUGAGUGAGUGAGAAAGAGCGAAAAUGGCUAUGCCGCACACCCACAGCACCACCGCCAUUGCUAACCGCCAGCUUCUCCAUUCUCCUCCUCCUCCUCCUCCUUCUUCUUCUUCUUCGUCUAUUUGUCUCUCUCUUUCCAGAAACAAUCACAAUUACAAUUACAAGAAAGCUUUCUCUUUGACUUUGAAUCCCGAUAAUCUGCCGAAUUUCCGUUUAAGACAUCCCAAUCUCGUCCUCCUACGGAAGCCAAUUCCCUCUUCCUGCUCCUCCACUUCCUCCUCCUCCGACAGAUUUGGGGAAUGGGAUUCGCUGACGGCAAAGUUCGCGGCUGCUUCGAACAUCCCGUUUCUGCUUCUCCAACUCCCGCAGAUCAUCCUCAACGCCCGCAAUCUCCUCUCCGGCAACAAAUCCGCCCUUUUGGCCAUCCCCUGGCUCGGAAUGUUGACCGGGUUGCUGGGAAACCUGUCUCUCCUCUCCUACUUUGCGAAGAAGAGGGAGAAGGAGGUGAUUGUCGUACAAACGCUGGGGGUGGUCUCUCAGUAUGUCGUUUUCGCGCAGCUCGCCAUGGCCGAGGCCAUGCCUCUCUCUUACUUCCUCAUCACCUCCGCCGUCGUCGUCGCAGGCCUCCUUGUCAAUUUCCUCAACUACUUUUACUUGCUCAAUCCUCCUUCCUUCUGGCGUUUUUGGGAAGAUUUUAUCACCGUUGGUGGCCUCUCUGCUCUCCCACAGGUUAUGUGGUCCACAUUCGUCCCCUACAUUCCAAACACUCUCCUGCCCGGGGCUUCCGCUUUUCUCGCAGCUCUCACCGCUGUUGUUUUGGCUCGAAUGGGGAAACUAUCGGACAAAGGCAUCAAAUUUGUGGGAGCUAUAUCUGGUUGGACUGCCACCCUUCUCUUCAUGUGGAUGCCUGUAUCACAAAUGUGGACGAAUUUCCUGAAUCCUAACAACAUCAAAGGCUUAUCGGCUUUCUCCAUGUUACUUGCCAUGAUUGGCAACGGACUCAUGAUCCCCCGUGCCCUUCUUAUUCGCGAUUUCAUGUGGUUCCUUGGCUCUUCUUGGGCUUCUUUCUUUUAUGGAUAUGGGAAUAUCGUGUGCUUGUAUUGGUUCAACAGCAUCAGCAGAGAAUUCUUUUUGGCAGCGACGGCUGGUUUAUUUUUAUGGAUAGGAAUGGCUCUAUGGAGGGACACCGUGGUUCAUGGACAUAGCUCGCCCUUGACGUCGUUGAGAGAGUUGGUUUUCGGAGCUCAAGUUUGAAGGCCUUCGUUAGCCUUUCUAUUACCAUUAUUCGGUAUUGAUUAGUAAACCAAACGCCAAAAAACUUAAAGACGCAAGCUCUUCUCAGCGGGCAUGGCAUGGCAAUUGGCAUAUGACACACUCCUUAAUCUGCAACUCUGUCAUGUCUUUGUUCAUUUUUCAUUUUACAUAAAAAGAUAAUACAAUAUGAUAGCUAGCUAUAUGACAGUAAUAAUUUUGGUGAGGGAAUUAGAAUCAUUUGUAUUGUAAUGCUCAAAAGGAAUUUGUUUAACUUAUGUUACACGCUUCGAUUCAGUGAAGUUGUUUAGUUACUUACUGCCUUAACCAUA